AUUCCGUCAAAUUCUUCCUGGAAUCUUCUUCAUUUGACUUUCCUUGGGACCCCGACGUCAUCUCGACGAGAUCGCCACCAGUCAUCGUUCGCCAAUUCUAUAGCGCUGCAGCCUAUAACUCCUCCAUCUGCCCCAUCACUGCAGUGCUUGCAUAACUAUACAAGAAGAGGGUCUGCCUCUUAUCUUUCUACCUCCGAGCCUCCCCCACGCCUACGCUUUCCAAAAAAAAAAAAAGCCUAUAUAUAAUUCAACCUUCUCAAACCCUUCCUUGUCAGCAGCGAUCUGUCGGUUUCAUAACACCUCUCAUACCGGUCUCGUCGCAUUUGGACCUUAGUCUCACUCCCAACUGCAGUAGUUGAGACAAACGUCCUUCGUCAUGGCGAUCACACAUAUGCCUAUUCGGCUUUCCGUGCGCACACAGCAUGAGAGUGAUCAGACUCCUUACUCAACUGUUCUACCGGGACUUACCCCUCCGGUGACUCCCACCAUUGACGACGACAACCUCUCCGGCAGCGAGGUUACCGUGCAUUCCAAUCCCUCCAGCCCCUUUCUUUCCCCGGUAGAUGCCAAACCGGAGAAGUUGGACACGGAUGUCUCCGAAUCCAAACUCUUCACGGACGAUCUAGAGUACCACUACGACCCCAAGGGACGUCCAGUCGAAUUCGGCCGUGGCGUCUGGAGCGUCGUUUACAAAGCGACCUCUUCUCCUGCCGCCAAAUCCGGUCUUUUGACCCCGCCGAGUUCACCAGCCGCCAAAGGCCGGGUGGUGGCUGUCAAGUCGCCUGUGAGACGGGAUGCGCAUUCCGUCCUUGAUGCUGAAGCCCGGGCUCUGACCCGGAUCAGCCGCGUCGCAGGUGCAGAGCAUCAUGUCGUGCCCUUCCAUGGAUACAUUUCCGAGUCACAUUCCAUUGUCAUGUCCGCCGUUCCGCUCGCGCUUUCGACCUACAUUCAGGACACGGCCGCCAUUGCCCAAAAGAACCGAUCCACGCAAACGAUGUUCGACCCCGUCCAAGGCAGGGCCCAGUGGCAUGUCUUGGCCGAGAAGCUCAUCGCCGGGCUUGCCUGGUUGCACCGUGGACCGCAGAUGGUGCAUGGUGAUAUCAAACCCCACAAUAUCCUGCUACGAUUACGUUCACCCGGCCAGGAGUUGGAUUUGGAGUCGGACUCGUUCCCUUACGAGCCGCUCUUUGCUGAUUUCUCGUCCGCGCACCCGAUUGCCAGCCCCUCCUCACCCGCACAGUGCAUGGGCACAGCCCUAACCGCGCUCACGCCGCCAUUCGCGGCCCCGGAAUUACUCUGUGUCUCCUCCUUGACGUCACCGGACGUCGCACCCACGCCCGAAUCCGAUGUCUUCUCCCUUGCCGUCAGUCUCCUGGCCGCCGCAACGGGCGAUCUCCUUCUCUAUCCAGGCGCCAGCAAUUUGCAGCGCCUGGCCAUGGCUCGCGAGGGUCAUCGGGUGAUCGACUUCGCCCGCUCGGGCCCUAAUGGUUCGCGCGUUCCUCGCGCGGGAGUUGUCGAGCAGAUUAUUAAGCCUGCCAUCGCCAAGGAUCCGAGUCAGCGCAUCCACCCGGAUGACUGGCUGCAUCUGGCCCAAACCGCUCAGUGAUGAUGUCUUGUCUGUAACAGCAUCUAGUUUCUCGGUCAUAUUCAUCGGCUUUUUUCUUCUUUUUUCUGCUUUUUGAUGAACAGAUUUUCUUUUUGAUUCGCUUCUAUUCUGACCUUCUUCACUUAUUUUUUCCCUUUUCACAUGACGUGGACACCUUUUUCACCCUAUUUUCUCCUCCCAUACUUUUCUCUCUUUCCCUUUCUUCACAGCGAUUCGGCGGCUACGAUCGUUUUAAUCUCUUCUUCCUUCACUUCGACCAUACAAACUAUAAAAGAUACCCUGUUUUAGAUCUAUAUCGGCGAGAUCGAUGAACCAUGCCGAUCUUCGCGCACCAUAUGUUCGCUUCUACUUUUACAUUUCUUUCAUCGCAUGCAUGAUCUUGGUUCCUAGACCUCAAUUUCAUCAUCAUUCGCUAAUAUGUAUUAUCUAUACCUUUUCCCUACCUGAUUCAACAUCUUCGAAUCCAGUUUUCC